AUGGAUCCGAUUGCGAGUUAUUUCAUUCUUUCGCUUCCUCAAUCUACGGAUGCCCAUGAAUGGCUAGAAGAAUCAUUGUUGGGUGGAAAAUGUCCUCUCUUUAAGUUGAAUUUGCCCGAUUUUCAAAUUGGCACCUUAGAUUCCUUAGUAGAAGAAAGCGAAGAAUUAUCUAAAUUAGAUUCUAUACUAGGGCAGUCGGUUUCUAAAAUUGUCGACAUCUUAAAGUCAAUCCAAGAUUCACCUUCGAGAGUUGUGCAGUCGAGGCAAGUCACUGAUUAUGUUGAAUCUUUCCAGUGGAAUACUUCUAAAUAUAGAUUGGAUAAGCAAAUCAAUCAAUUAUCUAAAGCCAUUUCAAGUGAUGCGCUUACUCUAGAUAAUGAUGUUAAAACGACUUACCAGAGUUACCAAACUGCAAAGUCAAACUAUCAAGCUGCCGAAAGGAAAAAGAAUGGGGACUUAUCGAUUAAAUCUUUACAUGAAAUUGUAAAGCCUGACCAGUUUGUUUUGGGCUCAGACCAUUUGACAACACUUUUGAUAGCCGUCCCUAAAAAUUUAAAAGGAGACUUCGAACACUCCUACGAAACAUUGACUCAAUUUGUCAUACCAAGAUCGGCUAAUAUCAUCGCUAAAGAUAACGAAUAUAUCCUUUUUGCUGUAACUUUGUUCAAAAAAUAUGAGCAAGAGUUCAUUAGUGCAGCAAGAGAACAUAAAUGGCAUCCACGUACUGACUUUACCUAUUCCGAAGAGACCUUGAACAACCAAAGGGAAGAAUUCGAUUUGGCAAAAGCUUCUGAAUCGAAGACCAAAAACGAUCUCGUUAGGUUGGCAAAAACUGCAUACUCUGAUAUAUUUUUGGCUUGGUUACAUAUCAAGGUUAUGAGAGUUUAUGUAGAAUCUGUUUUGAGGUAUGGUCUACCGCCGCAGUUCAAUUAUACUUUGAUCAAAUUUGAGAAAAGUAAUGUUAAGAAUCUCGAUAAGGCAAAGAAAGAAUUGAUUGACAAGUUCGGAUACUUGGGAGGAGAUGGAUUUUCCAGCAAAAGUAACUUACAUGACUAUGCCUCUCUCGUUGAGACUGACUAUAUGCCGUUCGUCUUAUAUGAUUUAGUUGUCGUGUAG